GCGGGUGGAAGAAAGCGCGGGAGGUGACGGGCCAGUGUCCGGCCUCGCCGGCUCCAGCCCCCAGUACCGGACCUCCGGCCUCAUCAGCCGGGCCACCGCCCACUUCGUCAUGGGCAAUCACCUGAGGCAGGUCAUUCAUGACCUGGCCUUGGCCUUCGAGAACAACCCGGUACUCGCCAGGAAACACUUCGAGCGGCUCUUCUCUCCGCCCGCCGCCCUUCUCGAGCAGACCAAACGCUUCAUCGAGGCCCAACUCGCCGACUACCGGGAGACGGUGCGCCGCCGGCCUGACCUCCGAUCGGACGCCGGCGCCGACCUCCUCCUGCCCGUCCUCGAAGCCCUGCAGCUGCAGAUCCACGUCGACGCCCAGGCCAGCCGUGACACACGGAUCCGACUGGCCGACUGCAGGCUUCUGACUGGGGACGUCCGCGGCUCCCUCGCACUCUGCCGGAGUUUGGCCUCGUCCGAUGGGGCCGCCUACCCCAACACCAUCCUGGCCCUCCGCGCCAUCUGCCACCUACAUGCUGGCGAUCAUGGGCAGGCUCUCGCCGACUUCCAGGCCAUCGUGGAGCACGAGUUGCCGCACCCGGACAGCUGCGUUCGGGCCAUGUGUGGCCGCGGCCUGCUGAGGUUGCUGGACGGUAAGCCCUAUCUCGCCACUUUGGACUAUAUCACUGCUAGUAGGCUGCGGCUGGACGAGACUGCGUUCUUCGUCAAGGCCUACGUGCCGUGGAACCAGCGGGGCCUCUUGUACAAGGUGCUUCAGGAGGAAGGGGAGAAGAUGGUGCGGAAGAAGCUGUGCUGUCCAUCCUCUGGUGCCAAGCUCCGUAGGAAGGCGGCAGAGUCGGGAGACCAAGGCUGGUCCAACAAAGAAAGAGACGCAUUGGGUGUUCAUUACUUGGCCUUGCUGCUGUUAGAACUGGACCCAACAGAUGAGGUUUCCCGAAUUUUAUACGCAGAUGCUCUUUACCAACUAGGCCGAACGGAAGAGGCACAUAAAACAUUGCUGGUAUCAUUUGGCAAGAACCCUUGGUGUUCUUCAGUGUUGGCUCGGCUCACCCUACUUCAGUUGAAGAAAGGCUGUUUAUAUGAAUCCAACCAGCUAAUAAAGAAAAUUCUUGAGAUUGGAGAUACCUCCUGUCUUCUGCCCAUAAUGGACAUCUUUAAAGCAGAAGAUCGAGACCUACUGCAGCAACAUUGUUAUUCCAGUGCCAUGUCAAUCCUACAAAAUAAAGAAGGUGAUACAUAUGUAAAGGAAGCAGUGGCCUAUCUGUCUUUGGCUAUCAUAACAUCAGGGGGCAUUGAUGAGGCCUCAUUACUCACUAGAGCUCGGUGCUAUGCACAUCUUAAUCAGAAGAAAACAGCAAUCUUUGACUUUGGCACCAUUUUAAAGGCAAACCCAUCACAUGUGCGUGCACGAUGUGGACGUGCCUUCAUGUAUGUGGUCCUGAAUAAGCGAAAGGAAGCAAUACAAGACAUUGCAGCAGCCCUACAGACAGAUCAAAAGUUGGCACUCCAAGAAAUUUCAUCUCUAAAGCAGGAAGCUCAAGAUCUGAUUUGCUGCUGGCUGCGUGAUCAUUGUGUUAAUGCACUAACUGAAAUCUUAGAUGCCAAAGAAAAGAUUUUCACUGAAGAACACGUUGAUCUUCCUGUAAUUGGUCAAUCACUACUCUUGAUCGAUGGGAAAUAUUCAACCUGGCACAUCCUGUACAUUGAUAUAUUGAUUGCAAAAGAAAUGUACGAUGAUGCCUUAAAACAUCUGCAGGAGAAUUUUGAGCAACCUCCUAAUGAUGUUGCUGCCGUGUCCAGGUAUGCGCUGAUUCAGAUGAAGAUGAAGAAUGCACAACUUGCUGUUGAAAAUCUGAGCAUCCUUGCUGAAAAGGAUAACAAAGACUUAGAAUUUCUGUUAAAAUUCCUGGAUAACAAACAACUUCAGACUGUAGUUAAGAUAGCUUCACAGGAGGCCAUGGCCUUGGCUAAAGGGAAUCAACAGGAGAAAGCACUGAAAUACUACACACUAGCUGUCCUUGCAAGUAAAAAUAAAGCCAAAUAUAUUCGUCUACGUGCAAUAUGUCUGACCAGACUGAAGCAGUAUGAGAGGGCACUAAAGGACCUACAUGAGGUCAUCAAAAGAAGCACCAACAGAAACUCCUCAGACCUGGUAGAAGAUUAUUGCUCCAUGGGACAUAUCCAGCUCCUUGCAUUGAGGGAUGAAGAGGCUUGUAAGAACUAUAUAAAGGCCUUGCAGUUAGAUGAGUCUUUGGCAUUAACCAACAUCUCCAGUAGGCCAGGACAGUUUAACUUGUCUCAACACUUCCAGCGAAGUGCUCUCUGCUACUUUGAACAGCAGCUUUAUGAAGAAGCUUGGAAGUUAACAGAAUAUGGACUGAUAAUUCAUGAAAGUAACACUGAAUUAAAGAAACUGAGAACUAGGAUUAAGCGAGAGGCAUCAGGGUGUAUUGUUCAUUAGUUUUGUAUAUUAUUCAAUCCUUAAGAAAAGAUGUGGACCAAGUGCCUUUAUGGCGGCAGACUGCACCGCCAUGACAGAGGCAGAGGUCAAGAUUGGAAUUACAGAAAUUACAUUUAAGGUGUCAAGUGCAGAUUGAGCUGGAACUGACGGUAUUAAAGAAUCAGUACUGUGAAUAUGAUCUGAGGAAGCAGAAAUCUUUAAAGGACAGUGCCUUUAUGUAAAGUACCAGAUCAGAAUUUUCUUUCAGCAAACUCACUGAAUUAAAUUUUCCUUCGAACUGCUUCAGAUGGUGUGUCUAAAUAUUGUUUGAUGCUGCACAUCUGGUGAAAUUAUGGGAGUAGAAUGCCAAGGAAAUUUUCCAUGUUUCAUUGCAGUUGAACUUUAAGAUGUUUUAAUCUCCAUUCACAGAAGGUGGGGUAUGAUUUGAAGUUAAAUGUUUAUAGAAAUUACUACCCUAAAUGGCUAGUGGACUAGAGAAAACUGUUUCUGCCCUUCAGCAGGCUAGCUGCUUUACAUAUCUUUGGGCUUUACAUAUCUAUUGACCUGUUAAAUUUUUGAUAAAAAGCUUUGCAAAAUAUUUGGUCCAAAUGGUCUCGAUCCGACACGUUGACUGUCAAUUUCCAUCCAUAGAUGCUGCCUGGCCCACUGUUCCUCCGGCAUUUUGUGUGUUGCUCAAAUAUUACUUGGGGAUUUUUUAAUUUGGUAAUUUUAUUUUUUCCUCUUGGGUUAAAAUGCUUGAUGUACACUUUUUAAAGAGCUGUGUUGAUAUGACUGAAAGCAUGAUUUAGUGGCACUCAAACAAGUCAGUGAAAGAGUAUAGACAGGACUAUAAAUUGAUGAGUAACGUUGAUAUUUGGAGAUUAAAACUGUUUCCUUCCUGUACAUUUUGGUCCUUUGUAUUGGACACUUAAUAAUCCAACACAGGCACUCUUUCGCUGGCCUCUUUCAGCAUAGGGGAAGAAAAUUUUGAAUAUUGCUAAUACGUAUAUAUAAAUGUUUAUCAUAAGUACCACAAACUGCAUAUUUAAUUUAUUUUAAUUAAGUUAUAAUAAUUUUACAAGAUUUGUAAUUGGAUUUUUGAAAUCCAACAAAAGCAAUAAGAAUAAAUAUGACUUGAUAUACCAAACU